CGCCCGUCGUCCCGUCCAGCAGCUCCGUCGCCUACGUCACCACAUUCCACUGAACGCGAUGGAGCAGCGUGCAGAGACGUGAAGGCGGCCUCAGAAGACUCCGCCAGAAACGAACGCAAGAUGAGGGACGCGGCCGUCCUGCUCGCACCGUGUGUGCUUCUGUGUCUCCUCCUGAGCUGCAGCCAGGCAGCCAGACAAGGACAGGACAUCAGAUGUGGAGCCUGCAGGGCUCUGGUCGAGGAGAUGGAAUGGGCCAUCUCCCAAAUAGACCCAAAGAAAAUGAUCCAGACUGGAUCCUUCAGGAUCAACCCAGACGGCAGCCAGUCCAUCAGAGAGGUUCCUCUGGCUCGCUCCGAGGGAAACCUUCUGGAGCUGAUGGAGACUGUGUGUGAGACGAUGGGGGACUACGGCGAGCACUCAGAUUCUUCCACAAACAGGAAGUCCUACGUUAGGAUAAAGUCUCGGAGCGGUGAGGCCAUGGACCUCUCAGAGGCCACGCUGGAUUCAAGAGUUACAGGCAGUUUAAAAUUUGCAUGUGAAACAAUUGUUGAGCAGCAUGAAGAUGAAGUCAUUGAAUUCUUCGCACAUGAGACAGAAAAUGUCAAAGACAAACUCUGCAGCAAGAGGACAGACCUCUGUGAUCACGCUCUGGAAAUGACCCAUGAUGAACUUUGAUAUCGCCUCGCCAUGGCUGCUGUCUGUUCUCAGGCGAAAUGGAGACGUUGGGUGCUGAAAUGUUUUCACCGGUUUAUGUCAUGGCAGUAAUAAAAGAUGUAUACAAAUCAGUAUGUAUGAGAAUAGAAAAUCCAGCUGAAGAUCCAAGUCUUAUUCCUGUGAUCUGUGACAAUUUAAGGACCAGUUCGCCAGUUUUAGCUGCAUCUCUUUGGACUUUCUUGUCACUUGUUUACAUACUGUAAGUUAUAAUGCUUUACAAUAUUCUGUGUAUUAUAUAAUAGCCCCUUUCUUGCGUUAAAUUGCUCUUCAGAAACAAACAGAAACUGUGAAACUGCAAAAAUGAAGUUGUACUUCCUUACGGGAUUUCUUACAGGAUUAAUUGUGUAUAUACAGUAAAAGUUCUAAUUUAAGACACAAAUACACAGAGAUCAGGUUGAAAUUUGGAGAAGUGGUCCUAAAGUUCAUAUUAAUUUACAUUGAUUGAGUCUCUCUCUAAGCUAUUGAUGCCAAUAGUGUUUUUUCUUCAUAGUAAAUGGACAACCAUACUGCCCGCUCAGCAAUGAAAGAGUCAUUUGAUGUCAAAUUAUGUUUUCAGUUCUAGUUUUAGUUUUUAAUGCUCACCUAGUUUACUGAACUGUCUUAGAUCACAUGAAUAACUUGUUUUGGUUGAAUAUUUAUUAGGUAAAACUGAAAAGUUAAAGAUACAUUUAUACAAGAUCAGAAAUGAAGAUUAUUUGAGAAUUUAAUGAAAUUAGUUUCACUGUCGUCCAAGUGGCGAAAUGUGCCUUUAUUGCUUCCUAUGUAACGUCACACUUUUCAAACAUUGAUACUCUUUUACUAUUAGCUCCAUGGUAUUGUUACUGUUGAUGUGAAAUGUGUUACAGUUUAGAAAACGGAUACAAUGUUGCUACUUAGUUGGGUGUGUUGAUGCUGGAAAUGAACUGAUAACAGAUUUUUUGCCAAUUUAGGAUCUGUUGAAAGUUGCAUUAAAGUAAAAAAAAUUAAGGAAAUAAGAACAUUUCUAAAGUUCUUAAAAACUCCAAACACUGCCUUUUCUAAAAGUAGUAAUUUGAGCUUCAUUUUUCUUCUCAGUCUAGUAAAACUGAACCAGUGUAACACCGCUAGAGUGUGCUGUAGUCAACAAUCUGAUAGUUGAGUCUGAAAUAAAGAAUCAUACUCAGUUGGAAAGUCCUCAUGCUGUACUGUUGUUGUAGAAUAAAAGUAUUUUUGGUA